AUGCCGACACCUCUGGGGUACUCUAAAGUGUUGUUGGGCACGGAGACGGCCGCAACGGGGCCUAUCUACCGCUCACUGGCGGAUGCUCGAGAUCCAGUUCUUCAAGAUCCUGCAAACCCCGACGACCCGUUCGUGGGACUCACUCGACCAGAAGGUCCAAGCUUGUACCACAACUUCAUUCGCACUGCACAGACAAACGGAUCUCUUCCAUGUAUGGGUGUCCAACCCCUUGUUGAUGGCGCUGUCCAGCCGUUCACGUGGCUAACGUACGAACAAGUGAGCGAUCGGAUCACAAAUAUCGGCGCUGGAAUGAUGCACUUGGACUUGUUGCCUCGAAUUGGUGGGGAGAAUGGAGACCGGAUGCUUGCGAUAUACAUGAAGAACUCUAUCGACUGGGUGCUGGUCGAACAUGCAGCAUACGCAUACAACGCCAUCGUCGUUGCUCUCUACGACUCCCUUGGACCCGACUCGACCCAGUUCAUCCUCAAUCAGACAGAGAUUGCGACAAUCGUCUGUACUGCCGCUGAGCUGCCCAAACUUACACAAGUUUGCUCCAGGUGCCCGAACCUCAAAAACGUUGUCAUAUCUGGUGGAUGCAUUGGAGACGCACAGUUUGAAGUCGAGUGUAAGGUCCGUGAAGCUGGGAUAAACGUAUUGCACUUAGAAGUUGUUGAGACAGAGGGACAAAAGCAUCCCGUCACUACGGAACCCCCGAAUGGCGAUGAUGUGGCCACCAUCAUGUACACUAGUGGCACCACAGGAGACCCGAAAGGUGCCAUGAUGACACACAAAGCCAUCCUCUGCGGCUGUAAAGCUGUUAAAGAUUUCGUGACUGCAGGUGGACAUGCGCUCAACACGGAGAGUGUGUAUUUAUCCUAUCUUCCUCUGGCUCAUAUUCUUGAACGAACAGCUCUGGUACAUUCUUUCAGUGUGGGGAGUCGAGUGGGGUUCUCGCAGAAUAACCCACUCAAGCUGGUGGACGACAUCAGAGCUUUACGUCCAACUGUCUUCAUCACGGUCCCUCGGUUACUUAACCGGAUCUACGACUCCAUCACUGCUAAAAUGUUAAACGGGAAAAAAUCCCUUGCCUACUUGUUCACUACGGGAGUUCGGACAAAGUUGCGUCGUCUACGACGGUACGGCAUCACGACUCACGUGUUCUGGGACCGCUUGCUCUUCCGGAAGAUCAGAGCUGGCCUUGGACUCGAUCGAUGUGAGUUUAUCAUCUCUGGAUCAGCCCCGCUAGCCCCAGAAGUGCUAGAUUUCUGUCGAAUUGCUCUCUUGGCUUCUGUCGUGGAAGGUUACGGCCAGACAGAGACUUGUGGCGGUGUUACUGCCACACCGUUUGAGGAUUUAUCGACCGGCUUCGUUGGUACACCAAAUACUGCCGCGGAGAUACGUUUGGAAUCUGUGCCAGAUAUGGGUUAUUUAGUGACGGAUAGAACUCACGGAGAAGGGGCUUCCGCGGUUCCUUGCAUGGGCCGAGGAGAGAUUUGUGUGCGGGGGCCUCUAUUAUUUAUGGGAUACUACAAACAACCAGACAAGACGGCGGAAGCAAUGGAUGCUGACGGGUGGCUACACACGGGUGAUAUCGGAUUAUGGUCACCGUUUGGCCAAUUACGCAUUAUCGACCGGAAGAAGAAUAUUUUCAAGCUCUCACAGGGUGAAUACGUGGCUCCAGAGAAGAUCGAAAACGUCCUGGUCACGUGUCCGAGCAUCGCACAAGUCUUUGUGGCGGGUGACAGCUUCCACUCGCACGUCGUUGGUAUUAUUGUGCCGGACGAACCAGCGAUCCGUUUGGCCGCGAAGCUAAAUGGCUUGAUGAAUGCCACCUUUCGUGAACUCUGCGAUCACGACGUGGUGAGAAGUACCAUAAAGAAGGAGAUCGAAGAAGCCUCCAAGCGCGCGAAACUUGCUGGCUUCGAGCGCGUGCGUGAGAUCUACCUGCACCACGAUCUCUUUUCAGUCGACAAUGAACUGUUGACUCCUACGUUCAAGCUUCGUCGAGCAGAUGCCCAGAAGUGCUUCAAGAACGAAAUCGACCACAUGUACGUGCUCACAGGCGAUAGCGUGGUCAAGACGGCGAUCCCUGAUUUAAACUAG